AUGGUACUCGACGAUGUAUCAACAUGUGAAUUAUUGCAGAAGCGAGUUGUACAACUUAAAAUUACCAAUAUUCAAGAAAUUGACUCGAUUCCAUUAGAUAUCAUUGCUCAAAAAUUUAACAAUCUUCGAGAUCUUUCUCUGUGGGUGGAAGAGCCAGCAGUUUUCAUCGAUUCUCUUACUCUAACUGUACUUUCAAUGUGGAAAGAUAAAAAUCUUCGUAGCUUUUACAUUAAAGGUUCGCUAACAGAUGAUGUUUCUAAAAAUCUUUCUCAAUGGCUUAUGAAUCACAGCCAUCUAGAUAGUGACGAUUUAUUCCUUGUUGAAUAUGACUCCAAAUGGAUUACUGUAUGGUCUCAAUGA